UGCAUUGCGUGAGUCAGUAGGAUGCAACAGCCUUGAGUGUAUGUGACUAGGAGGGAGACUUGCUGAUCAUGCUAUUGACAAGGAACAUUACUGACCGUCCUGGCCUUAACGUCAACUACAAAAAAAGGAAGCACUUCUGUUCUGGUUAACUCAUCGAAGGGCUACCGUGACGGAACACAAUCUGGAGAACGGGGCUGUCAGUCUUACGACUCAUUGAGGAUGAGAUAAGAAAAUGAGUGACAAGUUUUUGGAGUAAAGCCCGGAUUACGAGUUACGUAACUAAUUAGCUCGUUGGAAGACAGAUGAUCCGCUGGCCCAGAAGUAUCCCGUUGAUUUGAUGCAUCAUGGUCAUCCUUGUCAAGUUCUGAACCAUUUGCCAUAAGGAAGCAUGAUGUAACUGCUCAUUACUACCGAACUCUCCUCGAUUUUAUUUGACCAGGGGUCUGGUAAUUCCUUGGGAGGGAUGACGUUCUUUUCCAAGAGCUUGAGAUGAUGAGAGUCUUUCAGAUGAGAGACCCACCUGGAUGAUUUGUCAACUGAAGCCGACAACCUGCAGAGUGGAUGCACUUCAAGAUUGCCUGGUUUCCUCGUGUUCAGCUGCGACUCGGCUAAGAGUGGAAAUAGACAACCAAGGCAUUUAUUCUGCUCGUGAGCAGUUAACAGUUGUUUUGUUUGGUUGUGCAUGGGAAGCAGCAAUCGCAUUUGCAAUAGCAAGUGCUCUGGAAAACCAGUACAUUGUGGUUUGCCACAUUUCGUUUUGCGAAAAGCACUUUUUUAGAAAGUGCCAACGAUAUCACUUUGAUUUGAGUCUAGGCGUAAGACUAAAGAGGAACAAGUUUCUUCUUAUAAGAUUGUGGAAGGAUUCCCACUUUUUUGGAGACAAAUCUUGAGGUUGUCUGGAUCGAGUCUUCGAAAGCUGAGGAGUGGAGCUUGCAGACAGUAAAACCAUACUAUUUAUGGGUCUCAAAUCACGCGAGUUCAAGAUGGGAGACAGCAAACAUGAGGGUACUGGCCCACCUACACCCCUCCAAAACAACUCGGGCAGUGCUGAACUAGAGUGGACACCCCAGACUAUCUUAGCAAUGGUCAGUGUGUCACUACUGACGAUCUUGACGAUAUUUGGAAAUGUGCUGGUCAUCAUAGCGGUUGUGAAGUACAAACGUCUGCAGAUCCCGUCCAACUACAUACUGGUCAACUUGGCUGUGGCUGAUGUCUCGGUGGCGGUUUUUGCUCCCCUGGUGUUUGUCAUCGAGCUGCUGGGUUACCUGGUGACCAAUGUCUACCUCUGCAUCCUGCCCUACUGCCUUGUGACUCUUGGAUGCGGCGUCUCCUUGCUGAGUCUCGGGAUCGUUGCUUAUGACCGGUACGCCGCUCUGGUGAAGCCACUGAAGUACUACCAGCACGUAACGACGAGGCGUGUCCUGUGUUUCUCCCUUGUAAUCUGGAUGUUCGUUUUCAUCAUUGCUUUCAUGCCACUGUGUUGGCAGUUUCUGGUGGAGAACCAAAUGGACGACCAGCCAGCAUGUAGUUUUUAUCUCCUAUCCAAGUACCUCCUGCUGUUUCAAGUGUUGGUGAUAUUUGUGCCGGCGUUCUUCGUCAUGAUUGGAUGCUAUUGCCGGGUCAUGCUGGUCGCUAGACACCAUUCCCGUGCCAUCUCAGCCAUCCAGCUCUCUCUCUUCCCCAACACUUUCAGCAAGAACUUGCACAUGUUCAAGGGGACCAAAUACACCAGGACAUUACUAAUCAUUCUUGGGUUCUUUUUCCUCACGUGGGUCACGUUCACUCUAAUGUUACUGAUAGAGCGCUUCUGUGACAUCUGCAGUAGGACCAUACCUUUGCACCACUACUCUGUUUUUCUCAUCUUCGCAAACAGCGCCUUGAAUCCGUGGAUCUAUGCCCAUCGCAACCAGGACUUUAAGUCUGCUUUCCGAAGGCUCUUCCGCUGCGGAAAGAAGAGUCAGCGGUCGUCAACUCGCGGCCCGGAGGGUCGACGAAACUCCAGGGUCUCCGAUGCACUGAGCAGGACAAACAGCAUGGUAGGAGGACUUCAACACUUGCACGUCUUAUACAAUAAUGCUGACAUUGUUCCGCCAGCGGUUGAUGCGGAGACUGGCCAGCUGGACUCAAAAACGUCAUUCAGAGCGGCACCCAAACUGAUUCAGCACAAUAUCAGCAAACCAGUUGUUGAGACUGUUGCAGAGGAAGUGUCUGGGAAUGUCUGACAUGUAGCAGUGCCAAUAAAAAUUGUUACGUGCAAAGGAAUAUUGGGAUACAUUGGUGAAAAAGAAGAACCAAUGCUGUGAAUCUUAAUAUCAUAUCUUAAAUUCUUAUUUCAAGCUGUGCUUUGAAGUAAAACAAUUGACAUGGAUGUUAUGGUUCUGAAGCAGCGGACAAUUCACUUAAGACUUUUGGCUGUAAUUUAUCAUUUUUUACCCAUCAUUUUGAGAUGAAUAGACUCUAAAAAAAAAUAUAUCAUGCACUUUUUCAGGAGCAUCUUAAAUGCCUUUUUCUGUGUGAAAAACAUUUCAAAGAAAAUACAGCCUUCUUUACACAAAUUCACGGUUAUUGUCCAUGUAGAGAAAUAUAAACAUUUUGUAAUAUGUUGCGAAGUUGCCAGUCUCAAUUGCCUGAUGUUAUAUAAUUGUGCCAAAGUGUUAUGAUCUCUUUUGGGUAGAGUAUUAAAAAAAGAAAAGUGUAUUUUGUUUUUAUAUUUAUAACAUUUAUUAUCAAAUUGUAGAUAGUAAAUGUUCAAAAGUUUUUCAUCUCCCAAUUAUAGUCUUGUGAAAUCAGCAGUGAAACUGCUUUUUCAUUGUUUAAUUAAAAAUUUGGAAUUUC